AUGGUUGAAAAAAUGGAGGUAGAAGAGGCUAAGCCUGAAGUAAUUGAAGAUUCAGCUGAAAAAAAAUCAGAGAUACUUUUUAACAAUAUAAAAGAUUGUUGUCUUCUUCUGGAGAAAGGUGAAUCAUUCAUUCUUGGAAGACUUUUACAAUCACUAACAAGAACACGUAAAGAACUUAAUGCUGGAGUUUUAGGACGUCUUAUUAAUCAAUUUUUACACAAUGUGCCACAACAAAAAGAAGCAUUAUUAGCUUUACUUCCAACAGAAUGUAACAAUUCUAAAACAGGUGCUCCAAUGGAGAUUGAUGUAAAUGUUGAUACUGAUAGUGGUAAAAAAGAAUUGUCCAGUCAAAGUAAAAGUCCUCGUGUUAAUCGUAAAGGAGAAUCUGUUGUUCCUGAAAUUGAAUUAUACAUUCAUAUACUUUCUGUUCUUUAUCUUGUUGAUGCUAAAAAUAAUGACAAUGCAUUAAAAGCUUGUCAGUCUUUAAUUGACAGAGUAGAUAUUCUUGAGAAUAGAAGUUUAGAUGCUAUUUUAGCUAAGGCUUUUUAUUACUAUGGUCUUAUGCAUGAACGUAAUGGAAAAUUAGAAUCAAUUAUUGGUUAUUUUAAUGCACGUCUUCGUACAGCUACCUUACGUCAUCAAAAAGAAUCACAAGCAGUUUUGAUUAACUACCUAAUUCGUGCUUAUAUUGUUACCAAACAAUAUCAUACUGCCGCACAAUUAUUGUCUAAAGUUGUAUUCCCAGAACAUGUUAACAAUAAUGAACUUGCUCGUUUCUACUAUUAUCAAGGAAGAAUUCGUGCUCUUCAACUUAAAUACAAGGAAGCUUUUGAAUUAUUUGAAAAUGCUUUUAGAAAGGCUCCACAAAAUGCUGCUGUUGGAUUUAAACAAAAUGUACAAAAAUGGAUGAUUGUUUUGUGUCUUCUUCGUGGUGAAGUUCCUGAUAAAACUAUUUUUAAACAAGAAAUUUUCCGUGGCAUAUUAACACCAUACUAUCGUCUUGCUAAUGCCUGUAGAAAGGGAGAUGUUGAAAAUUUUGAUGAAGUUGUUUCUGAGUGCAGAGAUAAGUUUGUCAAUGAUGAAAUAUUGUCUUUAGUUGUUCGUCUUCGUCAAAAUGUUAUUAGGACUGCUGUAAGAAAUAUUUCAUUAGCUUAUUCUAAAAUUGGUAUUAAUGAAAUUGCUAAAAAACUUGGAAUUAAAAAUUCAACUGAAGUGGAAUAUUUAGUAGCAAAGGCAAUUAAAGAUGGUAAUAUCAAUGCAUAUAUUACAUUUGAUAAAUCAGCAAAUGAAAGAUUCUUACAAUCAAGAGAAAUUGAAGAUAUGUAUAAAGGUGAAAAACCUCAAUUAGAUUUUGAUUCAAGAAUUAAAACUUGUCUUGAGUUACAUAAUCAUCUUGUAAGAGCAUUGAGAUUUCCACCAAAUAAUAAAGGUCUUAAUGUUGAAACUAUUGAGGAACAACGUAAAAGAGAGCAACAGGAAUUGGAUUUUGUUAAAGAAUUGGCUGAAGAAGAUGAUGAUGAUUUUUAA